AUGAUCAGCGACUCCCCAUUCACCCUGUCACAUGACUCCAAGCUAGAUGACUUGCUGCAGGCGAACAAACUCUGGGCGCAGCAGAUGAACCACGUACACCCAAGUCUUUUCCCGGAGUUCAACGGCAAAGGCCAGCAGCCACACACACUUUUCAUUGGCUGCUCGGACUCGCGCUACAACGAGACGUGUCUAGGGGUGCUGCCGGGCGAGGUGUUCACCUGGAAAACCGUCGCAAACAUAUGCUCUCACAAGGACCUGUCGUUCAAGGCAACGCUGGAAUUCGCAAUCAGGUGUUUGAAGGUAAACAAAGUCGUUAUCUGCGGGCACACCGACUGUGGUGGUAUCAAGACGUGUCUAACGCACCAGCGCGAACCGCUGCGCGAGAACAAAUGCGAGCACCUGCACGAGUAUCUGCAGGACAUCGACGACCUGUACCAUGAGAACAAGUCGUCGCUGAAGCGAUACACAGAUUUGACCUCGCAGAGCAAAUAUCUAUCCCAAUGCAACGUCGCAAGGCAAUUCAACAGAGUAAUGGAAAACGAAACAGUCCAGGAAGCCGUCCAGGAAGGUAUACUUGCAGUUUACGGUUUACUGUACAACGUCGACUCUGGUCUUCUCGAAAAGGUAACCAGCAACUGA